AACUCAGGGGAGGGAUAUAUUUGGGUAGUGUGGGCAUGAGGCUGGACAGCAGCGCGACAACGGUCGCGUCUCCGGCUUCGGAGAGCUUCUGGCGGGUGGGACUGUUGCAAACACGCGAAAGAUCGCCUGCGUCCUUGGGAAGAAUUGUCGACCGUGACAAGGAGGAAGGGCGUCGAAGGGAAGUGGGCAGGCGCAGGGAGGAAGAGCGCGAGAGAGCUCAGGAGAGAAAGAGAGAUUUUAAACUUCAUAGCCGAGACGUUAGGUCGCAAAGUAUUCCAGCCACGACUUUGGCCUCUGCGCCUCCAGCUUAUAGCUUGUGCCCUCCAACCUUUAGCGUCGGAUAUGCUCUGACUACAAAAAAGAUCAAAAGCUUCAUGCAGCCCAAACUAGAGGAACUUGCAAGCCUUGUAUCUGUCGGCAGGUCGAAGGGGAUUUUACUUGUGGCAAUAGAACACAGCAUACCAUUGAUUGAGCAAGGACCUUUUGACGUCUUACUACACAAGAACACAGGGCAGGAAUGGCGUCAAUCGCUGGAGGACUACAAGAGAAAGUAUCCUGAUGUCGUUGUGCUGGACCCUCCUGAGGCCAUUUUACAGUUGCGGGAUCGCCAAUCCAUGCUUCGGGAUGUGGCAGAGCUUGACCUAAGUAAUGCUGAAGGUUUCGUUGGAGUUCCGAAACAGCUAGUGGUUACUGGCAAUGCAACCUCCAUUUCUGACUCUGUCUCUGCAGCUGGCCUUAAGCUUCCCCUAGUGGCGAAGCCGCUGGUUGCAGAUGGAUCCCCAAAGUCACAUGCCAUGUCUUUGGUUUACGACAAAUCGUGUUUGUCACAGUUAGAUCCACCUCUAGUUCUACAAGAGUUUGUCAACCAUGGGGGUGUAGUAUUCAAAACUUACGUAGUCGGGGACUACGUUAGAGUAGUGCGGAGGUUUUCCUUACCGGAUGUUCCUGAAGGGGAGACAAAUCGAAGUGGUGUAGUGCCUUUUCCUAGAGUAUCCUGCGCAGCUGAAUCCGCUGAGGAAGCUGAGGAAGCUGGCAUAUUGGAUCCUCAAGCAGCUGAGUUGCCACCUGGGCCGCUGCUGGACAGCCUUUCCAAAGGACUUCGCCAAAAGCUGGGUCUUCACCUAUUUAAUAUGGAUAUAAUUCGAGAGAGGGGAGCAGGAAAUCGGUACUAUGUCAUUGAUAUCAACUACUUUCCAGGUUUUGGUAAAAUGCCUGAUUAUGAAAAGGUAUUCACAGACUUCUUGUCAGAUAUGGCGGUAAAGAGAAGCAAGAAAAUAUCUAGAAUUGAUUCGUCUGCUAUCCUCUGAAAUACUGACUGGCAGUGGGCAUUAUUCUCCCAGGCUCUAUACGAGCCCCUUCAUUAUAGUAGCAUGCUUUGCUGUUCAGACUGCACAUUCUGCAAAGAAUAAUUCUUUUGUAAAUAUAUUGUAGACGUCAACUAGGACUCAGAAAACGUGACAUGAAUGUAUGUCUAUUUAACAGUUUUUCUUAUAUGCCAAAAUGUUAUCACUGA